CAGGAGGUCGACAGAUCAAAAAUCGAGGGUUAACAAAAGCGAAGAAUAGCCAGACAUGGAGGGUUGGGAUCCGAAUACGAAGUCGACGCUGACACAGAUACCGCUCUUGACAACCAAAGCGGGUCCAAGAGACGGAGCGGCAUGGACGCAGAGACUCAAAGAGGAGUACAAGGCUCUGAUCGCGUAUACGCAGAUGAACAAGUCCAACGACAACGAUUGGUUUCGAAUCUCCGCUGCGAAUCCGGAGGGGACGCGUUGGACAGGCAAGUGCUGGUACGUGCACAACCUACUCAAGUAUGAGUUCGACCUCCAAUUUGAUAUCCCGGUCACUUACCCCUCCACGGCACCCGAGCUUGAGCUCCCGCAACUCGACGGGAAGACCCAGAAGAUGUAUAGAGGAGGGAAGAUUUGCUUGACAGUGCAUUUCAAGCCUCUUUGGGCAAAAAAUUGUCCUAGGUUCGGUAUGGCACAUGCACUUUGUUUGGGUCUGGCUCCCUGGCUUGCAGCAGAGGUUCCCGUUCUUGUGGAUUCUGGUAUGAUUAAGCACAAAGAUGAUGCAACCACAACCAGUGAGUCGUAAUUAUUUAACAAGAUAUUAGUGCUGUAAAAGUAAUGCUCAAAUUGUGGACUUAUGUGUUGGUUCAACGACAAUGAGUGUUGAGCCUUUAUCAUUCAGGUUAAGGGACAUUCAUUGAGGUGUACAAUUUCUUUUCUAAGAAAAUGGAGAUUACAAUUUCUGUCGGAAGAUACAAACUGUUGAAAUAAGCUGCCUUCUUGGCUUUGAAACUUAAAUCGCAAACUAUUAAGUGGUUAACCUCUA